AUGGUAUUGAUUGAGGGGAAUUUUUGUAACGGCAAGUUAGGAUCUUAUGAGAACAGUGCUGUGAGUGACAUCAGUCCAUAUAUAAAGCAUUAUGAGGGUUUGUCAUACGACAGAGAGGAUCUUCACAGGAUGCACUUGAGAAGCAAGAGAGCCACACAACCUCAGGAAUACACACUGCAGCUGGAUUUGACUGCUUUUCACAGAACUUUCCGUCUGCGUUUGAAACGAAGUUCAGCAGCAUUUUCCGAGAAUUUCAUGGUGGUCAUCGAAAAUGGCUCCACAUCUGCUGACCUCUCCCACUUAUACUCAGGAAUACUGGAAGGUGAACAUGGUUCAGUCUGCCAUGGCUCUGUGUUGCAGGGUCAAUUUGAGGGAACCAUCCACACAGACAACGGGACUUAUCACAUAGAGCCUGUCUACAGAUACACCAGCAACCAAACAGAUCACCACUCUAUAAUCUACCAUGAGGAUGACAUGGUCCUGCCACUCAGGAAACCUGGCCCUGAGGGAUUUUGCGGUGCAGAGCGUCUGAACGUCCUCGCCCAAAGCCUCAGACCCGAUGAGGAGGCGUCAGCGAGCCGGUCCAGGAGGACAGUGGAUGAGUCAAAGACUAGCUGCCUGCUUCACCUCCAUGCCGACCACCUCUACUACAAGAGGUUCAAGUCUGUGGAAGCUGUCGUGGCUCAGGUUACCUCCUACAUGCAGGCGGUGAACGACAUUUGGGACAAGGUCGAAUUCGAUGGAGUCAAGCUAAUCAACUUCAAAGUGAAAUCUCUCAGUGUGAUGACAGAGGAGGAUAAGAGCAGUCCUCUGCAUCCUCUGUUCAUCGGGCCUGAGAAACUGUUGAGUCUUUACUCUGAGAGCAACUGGGGGAACUUCUGUCUGUCGUACCUGCUCACUAACAGAGACUACAGCGGAGUGCUGGGACUCGCCUGGGAGGGCAAGGCUGGUAACUGGGGAGGAAUAUGUUCAACACAGACCAUGCCGCGGAGCGGCCGGAUGUCCACCCUGAACACAGGUCUGGUCACAGUCCAGAACUAUGGACAGUUCCUGCCCCCUCGACUCGUGCAGCUGACCUUCGCUCACGAACUCGGACACAGCCUGGGAUCUCCGGUCAGUCGCCUCAGUGAUCAGCCCAUCUGUGGAAACCAGAUUGUGGAGGAAGGUGAGGAAUGCGAUGUCGGUCACAACGACACGGACCUCUGCUGCUACAGCGCUAAAGAGCCUAUCGGAGUCCAGUGUCACCUUAAGCCUGGAAAAGUCUGCAGUCCGAGUCAGGGCCUGUGCUGUGCUCAGGAUUGUGGUUUUAAGCCAGCUGGUCAGACCUGUGAUGAGGAGACGGACUGUCUGAGAGAGAGUGAGUGUACAGGCCUCUCCCCGUUCUGCCCCGAGCCAUUGGCCAAGGAAAAUCUCACUGUCUGCAGCGAGAACACGCGUGUCUGCAUGAACGGGGUGUGUGCUGAGUCUGUGUGUGUGAAGCACCGUCUGCAGCAGUGUGACUGUCCUGGAGACUCCAUGAGGGAGAAAUGCCACAUGUGCUGCCAGCAGCCCGAUAAGGCCGAGACAUGUGCCAGCACCACCUCGUCUGUGCUGUCUCGUCACUUCCAGACAAAAUCGUUGCCGCUGGUUGGCGGUGCUCCGUGCUCUGGAAACCAAGGGUACUGCGAUAAAUUCCACGUGUGUCGCCUGCUGGAUGCCGACGGCCCCAUCGCAAGACUGAAAAACUCCUUUCUCCAUUUUGAAGACUUCGAUGACUUAGCAGAGUGGAUGAAGGCUCAUUGGUGGGCCAUCCUGCUGGCUAUCCUGACCCUGUCUGCAGUGAUGGGCUGCACCGUCUGCCUCUGCGGCCGCCCCCUCGACACCAGCGACCCCGAGUAACCUUCUUCAUCUCUCUCACCUCUGGGAAGACAACUAUCCUCAGGAUGACGCACAAAGUCACUUAGAUUCAUUUAUAAGGGAUUUUAAAAUUGUCAAGGCCACAUUGAGGAGAUUCCUUUUUUCAACUUUGUUCCAUAUUUGCAACAGUGAGUAGGGUGCGUGUGACUUGUGAAGACCCGGCAGCUCCACGCCUCUCGCUCUGUUUGGUUAACUACUUUUCAACGUCAUUAUGCAUCAGUCAGUUCUUUUCCUUGUGUAACUUUGUUUCCAUUCAAACAUUCUACCAUGCCAUCCAUGUGAUGUGGAAAACGCUACUGUUGCUGUGGGUCAGUCGGGCCUCAAGGGACAACCAGUUCACCUCUAUUGAUUUAAAGCCAACUGUCCUGACAAAGACUGGUGGGACUCAUUUUAGCUUGCCUUACUGCUUUGUUUGAACUUGAGUGCUAAUUUCAGCCUUGAUGAACAUCCAGCUGUCUGACACAGAUAUUUUGAAUAUUGUCACAGAACAAUAAGAUUACAAGUUGGUGGAUCUCUACAGGGCCUGAAUACUACAUUUACAUACAGGUAGCGUUUGAAUAUGGAAAAUGCCCUGAUGAGGGAAUAAAGCAACACUUUGUUUAUCAUCUUAAUCAGUAAUAUUGAUGGUACCACAAGCAAGGAGGAGCAGAACACAGGCAGGAUCAGGUUUACAGUCUGAAUGAUGGACAAGCAGGUACAGACAAGAAGUAGGUAACAGGCACAUAGGUCACACUGAGACAAACAGUUGGUCGGAGAAGGCGCUGAUAGAAAUGGCUGGUUUAAAUACUGGCUGACAUGAUGAGGAAACUGCUAACAGGUGUGAGAGUGGGCAGGAGGCUCAGGUGAAUGAGAAUGACGGUCAGGUGAGCAGGUAGAUGAGCAAUCAGGUGACUGAGUCCGGAAAGAAAGUAUGUGGACGUCUGGUGGCAGAGUCUAGCAGGGUGAAGCAAGUAACUCAAAGAGAUUGUUCACCCCAAAAUGAAGAUUCACUCAUUAUCUUCUCACCACUAUGCUGAUGGGGGGGUCGGUGAAGUGUUUGAGUCCACAAAACAUUU